AUGGCGACCAAGAGACUCGCACGGCAGCUUGGAUUAAUUAGGAGAAAAUCAAUUCCACCAGCAAAUGGAAACUUAGGAAGAAGCAAAUCUAAGCAGUUGUUUGACUACUUAAUCAUCAUUGAUUUUGAGUCAACAUGUUGGAAUGAUGGGAAACGCCACCGGAGUCAGGAAAUAAUUGAAUUUCCAGCUGUAUUACUGAACACAUCAACUGGAGAGAUUGAAUCUGAGUUCCAUGCUUAUGUUCAGCCUCAGGAACAUCCAGUGCUCUCUGAAUUUUGCAUGGAACUGACAGGCAUAAGGCAGGCUCAGGUUGAUGAAGGAGUCCCUCUGAAGAUUUGUUUAUCUCAGUUCUGUAAAUGGAUUCAGAAGAUUCAGCAACAGAAGAAAAUUAUUUUUGCUACUACAGUGUCAGAUAUUUCCACUUCUGAAGUAAAAUUAUGUGCAUUUGUUACUUGGUCAGACUGGGACUUGGGGGUUUGCCUGGAGUAUGAAUGUAAAAGAAAACAACUAUUAAAACCUGUGUUCCUUAAUUCUUGGAUUGAUCUCAGAGUAACUUACAAGAUUUUCUAUAGAAGAAAACCAAAAGGACUCAGUGGUGCCCUGCAGGAAGUGGGAAUGCAAUUCUCGGGGCGAGAACAUUUUGGGUUGGAUGAUUCUCGGAAUACUGCCCUUCUUGCUUGGAAAAUGAUCAGGGAUGGUUGCUUAAUGAAGAUUACAAGGUCUUUGAACAAGGUUUCCACUAAGAGGAAUCCUAAUAUUUUCACCAGAAAUUUGAAUAUGGAGCAAGUUGAAGAAACAUCAGCCUGUACCAAUAACACUCAUGAUCCCAGCAUAUUUGGUGGGGAGCCUAAAAAUUCAAUAAAAUCUUACAAGAAAAUUCAAAUGAAGUCAGUUGGUGUGAAUUCUCCUAUAAAAGUACAGCAGGAUCAGUUACAACAAAAGGACAGCAUAAAAGCAGGUCUUUGCAGUGUCAGAAACUGUUUAUCUCUCUUUAAUGCUACUAAGUCCUGGACUUCUUUGGGGCAAUUGCAGUCUUCUAGCCGGAAUACACCUAUGCAGAAGCAAAUAAACCAACAUCUUGCAUUUAAUACCAAUUCUAAGUCUUCAACAGUUGGUUCAGAACUGGUACCUGUUUCAACUACCAUUUCAUCUUUUAAUAAUGUUUCUGAUAUGGAAGUGAGUUCUGCUCUUGACUGUUUACCUAUGUUGGCUGAUUGGGAGGAUGUAGCUUUAUUGCCAGCAUCUCAGCCCGAGCAAAAUAUAUAUUGUAUACCUCGCGUUAGUGACUCAAAUGUAGACACUUCACUUAAUUCUGGAGAAAAAGUAAUGGUUUUAGAAGAAUCUGAAAUGUUAAGUCAUGAAAACUUUGGAGGCACAGAAGAAACUCCUGAAAAAUCUGUUACCUCUAAGUCUAUUGUAUAUAAGAGUCCCCAUACCACUAUUUAUAAUAUAAAGGAAGCCAAAGAUCCAGGUUCAGAUACUUUUGGCUUUAAAUUACCUGAAUGUAAAUCAAGUAAUUUCAACAGUGUUAAUUCCAAUGUGUCUCAUCCUUUAGUUUUGGGGAAACAUCCUCUUUGUUUAGAUGAUAGUAAAAGGAAUCCAUCCAGUCCUCCACUUUUCCCACCAGCAAAAAAGCAGACUUUCACUAUUCAUGAAGAAAAGCCUGCAUCAUCUAAUGACUCCCCAGGAGCAAUUUCUUCCUGGAAGAUUCUCCCUUCUGUCUUAACUUCUACAGUUAAUCUGCAAGAACCUUGGAAGAGUGGGAAAGUAACACCUCCUUUAUGCAAGUGUGGCCGAAGAUCUAAGAGACUUACUGUUUCUAAUAAUGGACCAAACCAUGGAAAAGUCUUCUAUUGUUGUCCUGUUGGGAAGUACCAAGAAAAGAGAAAGUGUUGUGGUUAUUUUAAGUGGGAACAAACACUUCAAAAGGAAAGAGCAAAAAGUAUAGUUCUAUCUCAUUCCCCAGGAGGACUCACUUUUAGUUCUCUAGAAACAAACCUUAUUUAUGACAGAAAUGUAAAUUUCUCUACUGAAAGUUCAUUGAGACUCAGACCUUCAAUGAGAAAUUGA